AUGUUUCGACUCAAGGCAAAAAGACUCACAAAAAUCAUUGGAACUCUUGACGAAGACGCCCUGAUGUACGAAGAAAACAUCAUAAGCGAAAUGAUCGAGUCCGGCAUGGACAUUGCACGCAUUGAGCUGCUUCAUCACAACUACAAAGCCUAUUCUACACUUAUAGAGAGGCUUUACAAAGUCGCUUCAAGCAUGAAUGCAAUUAUAGCGAUCCUUCUUGAAAUCCCUGCAAAUAAUAGAACUGUUUUCGUACCUUCUGACUAUACUGUGGAAAAGGAUAGAGAGCUCACUAUUGCAGUUGGUAAAAGAAGCAAUCAAGAAUUCAAAGAAAACGAAGACGAAGACGACAAAAUGUUUAUCAGCAUAAACGUCCUUGGCUCAGAAGUAAAUGAAGGCCAAACCAUCAUAUUUGGAGACGAAGUUAGUGGGGAAAUUAUAUCUGUAAAUCCUGAAGAAAUCAGAGUUCUAAUUAAAAACGAUGGGAUCAUUUAUAACAGAUCAAGAGUUUACAUUAAUGGCUCAUGCAAAUAUGCAGUCAAUUUCUCUGAAAUACAGCAGAAACAUUUAGAUUUUAUCGCGACCACAAAUGUGGAUUUUAUCACUUUUGUGUUUUCAAAAGAACAUUUUAGCGAUGAGCUUGCAUUUAUACAAGAGAAACUUGUGGGGAAAGAGAUCAAGCUUCUGUGCAAGAUUGAGAAACAGCUAGAAAAUGAGUAUCUGUAUGAGUUUAUUGAAAAAACUAAUGGAAUUGUAAUUGCAAGGUAUCCGAUGGGCUCAGAGAUGCCGAUUGAACGAAUUUGCACGUAUCAAAAAGAAGUAAUUGCAGCAUGUCGACAAAGAGCUAAGCCAGUCCUUGUAAGUGGGCAUGUGCUAGGAAGCUUAAGAAGCCUCCCAUACCCGUUAAGAGCUGAUGCCUGUGAUGUCUAUAACGGGGUAAUUGAUGGAAUUGAUGGCUUUAUAUUAUCCUCAGAAAUACUGCAGGAAGAUAACUGAAGGAAUACCUUAGAAAUGCUCACAAACAUACUGGCAACUGCAGAGUCCUCAAUUGAGUACCGUUCUUCUUUCCAAAAGAUAUGGAUUGCAAGCAUGAAGCCAAGUAUUGCAGAGUCAAUUGCAUCAAGUGCCAUUAAAACUUGUAUUGAGCUUGAAGCAAAUUAUAUAUUAUGCUUACUCCCCCCCCCCCCCUCCGUGAGCGAACAAAACCAUUAGAAAAAUCGCCAUUUUUUGACCAAAAACCCACCCUCCGUGAGUGAACAAAAAUUUUUUUAAUAGAAAAAAUUUUAAUGGAAAAAAAUUUUGAUAUAUAAGUGAUAAUUAGUAUAAUGAAAUCUAGAGCUAAUUCUGUUUAAUUUUAAACAAAUUGCGUUUUAAAAACAUAAAUUUUGCAAAUUAAAUUAAUAUUUGCUUCCCAAUUUUUGCAAAUUAGGAUUGUUUUAAAUUUCGAAAAAAAUAUUUUUUAUAAAAUUUAUAUAUAAAUUUUUUUUAAAAAAAAAAAAAUUAACCCCCCUCCGUGAGCGAACAAAAUUUUUUUGUUCGCUCACGGAGGGGGGGGGGGGAGUUAGCAGAGCAUGGAAGAGCACCUAGACUUCUAUCUAAAUAUAAGCCUCCUGUUCCUAUUAUUACAAUAUCAAGUCUUAUAAAAACAGUUCAGCAAAGCUUAAUACAUAGAGGGACUGUGCCUAUACUUGGUGAGAAACUGGAUUAUAAGCAGGCGUUGACCAAUGCUGUUGAAAUGAUCAGAUCUAAUACUGACCAUAACUGCAUCGUUGUAGUUGUUACAGAACUUAUGGAUUCUGCCAAACAUUUUAAUGAACAGAUGGGAGUUCUUACCAUUGAACAAUAA